AUGCGGCGUAAUUCCGGCGCAAGCGCGGCGGGGGAUGGUGGGGUAGCAGGCAGCGGCGGUGGCGGCGGCGGCAAUGACAGCUACGCAGCAGCGGGCGGGAGCGGCCCUGUUGGCAGCAGCAGCAGCAGCGGCACCAACAGCAAGGGAAAGAUGGGCAAGAUAAGGAAGUCCCUCUCGAGGAGGCUAAGCCUGUCGAGGAGGAGCAGCUCGAGCAGCACACCAAAUCACGAGCGAUACUCGGGCUUUACCUCAGUCGCCGGAAGCGAAGAAGGUCGGUACGACCGCGAUGGUGUCCCCGAGAACGAGCAAGCCCUGGCAUCCCCAGCAGGCGUUCCCGUCGUUUUUCCGGGGAUGGGGCCUCCCGUCGCUCGCGGAGCCCCCCAGGGUCGUAACCUCUUAUCCCCCGUCCCCCCGGGCGCCCCGGUGUCCUCGGCAGCGGCAGCGGCGGCGGCGGCAUCGGCGGCGGCGGCCUCCGCUGCGUCUUAUGCCGUCGCUGCCGGCGCUCCUCCAUCGUCGGCAGCCCCCCACUCGGUUAGCCCUAGACUACUCUCAGGGACUUCGGCGGGGUCGCCGCGUAUGGCAGUGGUGGACGUGGGCAGUAGGGAUCGCGGGGUGCUGGAGGUUUCCGCCGAGGAGCCGGCGGGCGGGAGGGGGAUGGAAGAGGAAGAGGCCGCCCUCGAGCAGCUCAUGAAGAAGGCGGAGAAGGCGGCGAACGCCGCGGAGGCGCAGAAGGCGGCCGUCGCCGCCAACAGGGCCAAGGAGGUCGCGAACAGGGCGGCGAGGGCGGCCGCCGCGGCCGCGGAAGCCGCGCGGAAGGACUCCGACGCCGAGUCCGCGAAGGCGGAGUCGCUGUACGCGGACUCCGGGUUCGGCGUCGGGUCGGUGCCAACCAAGGAACUUCAGGACCGGGUGUGGAAGGCGCGGGCGAUGCACGUCGGGGUUCCCCCUAGGGUAGAGAUGUCGGUUAUCUCUACGGGGGGGGGCGGAGGCGGAGGCGGCGGCGGAGGCGGGGGCGGGGGCGCCCUCGGUGCCGGCGGCGAGGACGCCGCCGGGCUGCUGAUGUCGGAGUCGAGAACCUCUAGAGGGUCGCGAGGUUCUCGCGACCCGAAGAGCACGGAUAGGAAGAGCAGGCGGCGCUCGGGGCGACGGAGGAGCAGCAAGGACAGCGAAGGGAGGCAGUCGACCGAGUGGGCGGAGGGCACGCCGGGGGGGCAGGGGUCCCCCCGGGGCACCGUAGCCUACGGGACUCCCAGCGGUAUCGGAAGGGACAGCAGCGUCAACGGGAGCAGCCAGCGCCGGAGGGGGUCUCGGAGCCGACGAGAUUCGGACGGCAGCGUGCGGGAGGACCAAAGUGUUGGCUCCGUCAGCGGCUCGGUGCCAGAGUCCCCCUCCGCGCUCGUCACCCCCGCGCGAUCUAGAUCGGGUCGAGCGGGGGCUCCGCGGUCUGCAGGCAGGAAGGCGCACCGCCCCCGAACCAAGAAGGCGCGGGACUCGUUCGGGGGCAUCGCAGCUGGGGCGCACAACAGGCCCUCGGAGGAGGGACAGGGGGUGCCGAUCUCCCCCGGCGGCUCGCCGAAGAAGAGGUGGCAGCGGUGGAGAGGCAACAACAAGUUCUUUUGCGAAGGUCGAAUUAUGCUCGGGGUGCACUACCGGCAGCUGAUGACGACGACGAUGCUUCUCUUCCUCACCUGGCUCUUGUUCUUCGUUUUCAUCCUGCCCUCGUACGGGCGGUGGAGCUUCGCCAUGGUGGCGGCCUGUCUGUGCACGGGGUGCUUCGUGUCGCUCGUUUUCUCUUCCUUCCUCGACCCUGGGAUCAUCCCCCGGCGAGCGGCUUCCGGCCUGCCCGACUCCAUCCCGGAGGACGUGCGAGACCAGCUGAGCUACUGCAUCACGUGCCACAUCGUCCGCCCGCCGCGGACCAAGCACUGCAAGCAUUGCAACAACUGCGUCCUCACCUUCGACCAUCACUGCCCCUGGACCGGUAACUGCGUCGGUGCCCGCAACUACCGCGCCUUCAUGGCCUUCAUCAUCCUGGUCACUAUCAGCUCGUCGCUCGUGUGCGCCAUGAGCGUGGUGCACACGGUCACCCGGACCGGGCACGUGGGGCCGAUGUACCUCACCGAUUCGGUCAAUCUACCGGGUAGCCGUCUCGUGAGCCCAGUGCUGGGCAUGUGGACGGCGAUGAUCACGGUCCUGGUCGGGGCACUGCUGUGCUUCCACGUGUACCUGCUGGCAAAGGGCCAGACGACGAACGAGUACCUUCGGGGGGAGAAGCGUAGGGGUAACGUCCCGCACCGGUCGUUCGGGCCCAACUGCCGGGAGCUGUGGUGUGGGACGCAGCCGGCGAGCAUGUUGGCGGACAUGAGCGAGUUCUCUACCGGCCACACCGUCCACGGGGGCGUCAGUUACACUGCAAACGCCUACACGGAGCUGCAAGAAGUUAUCCGGCCGCAAGGGGGGGACCUCGUGUGAUGUCGCAGCGAGAGCUCGCUGGUGGAAGACAGACGACACCCUUUGCCGUCAACAUUAUUGUGUAUGUCUCCCAAGCAUCUCGAGUCCGCAGAAGACGACGAUCUUGUGUACUUUAUUGUGUCGCUGUUUGUAUCAACGUGUUCAUGGACACAGCAGUUGUCCUUUUGAAGGAAAGGGAGGGGAAGCGUGUACUCAUAGUCGUGCAUGCCGUAGUCGUUGGACCAUUGACCUCGCAUCUCUANCCCCCCCGAUUCCUACUCGCUUGUUUGGGGUUUUAGAGUGUAAAUCGCUCGUCGCGCAGUGCGCUGCGAACGUAUUCAUGUACAGCCGUGAUAUUGGUUUAGCGGUUCCUUCCCUGUUUAGCGGUUCCUUCCCUGUUUAGCGGGAUGCCCUGAAUACCGUAUGCGACACAAGAUAACACACCCCGUAGACCGAUUUAAAGCUCGAUUACGCCACGACGAAGAGGAUGCAUAAACGAAACGGAAUGCUUUCGGAAAGCUCUCGACGAGACAGCUUGAACGCCGCCGUCUUCGGCGCUGUGACUCUUUCUGCUAUUGAGAAAUCGAGCUUUGAAAAUCGGUCCAGGGGGUGUGUUAUCUUGUGUCGCAUGCGGCAGGUAGCGGUUCCAAAAUCUCGUGGCAGGACUGCGCCUCGGUAGUCGAACUAUAGUACUAGUCAUGAAUUAUCUGCCAAUCCAGUUUAGCGGCGAUGCCCUCAACGCCGGUAUUAGCAUGUUGCGACGCUGUGGACCGCCAAACCGGGACGAUCACGGCUGGCUGUAGUUCCAGAUGGCCGAAGCGGAAGUCGAGGCUUCAUGAGUCGAGGGGGCGGUGGUUUGUGAACGAUAAGAAGAUGCGGGGCGUGUUUUUAUGCGAAGUAUGUACGUUUCCGCUUCGAUUCCUGUGUUGCACGUUCCUUUCGAUAGUGGUGACGCCACGAACAACGCUUGUUUGUACAUCUUUUGGGCCUGCAGCGGACUCUUUUUUUUUUAUGUCGUGUAGUGCGGGAGUUGCGUGUUCGCAGUGUCUUUGAGAGAGCCUUGCUUAGCGAGGCGGAAUGAGCUGGGCGAUCAUGACAGCAGUAGAAAUUAAAGGAAAUCCAUUGACGGGGGGCCUUUUUACUCGUUGCGUUGCGAUACCCUUGGUGUUUCGCGCGCGCGAGAGUCAUUCUAGGGGGCCAUUAUGAGGCAGCGGUACUAUCGUCGAGCGCGACUUGGGCUAUGGGUGGUCUAUUACCGCGCACGAUGGGGGGGUAUCUGGAGGGCGUGCGCGUACUUUCUGCGCUGCUGCUCCACCGGGGACAGAAGCGCCAUCAACGAGCACUGUAGUAGAUCACGCCCACAGACGACCGUGUGUGUAAGGUUUUGAGAUCAUUGUUGCUUUGGUCGAAUCUGGUUGUGUGGUAGCCACGGGGGGGUUUGGGGGAGGGAGACGAGGGGCACGGGCGGCGUGGCGGCCAUGGAUAGAAAACCAGCAACAACAGGGCAUGCGGGAGGGGGGGGAAUAGUCGUUUCGCGUACAGAAUUCUCUAAUGGGCGUAGGUACGGGGAGCGAUGGGGGGGAAUGCCAAAGUGCUUGCAGAUGUUUUUUAUGGGUGUACGGGGAGUAUGCAUUAAUUGCUUAGCACUCUGCUGCUGCUGUGCGUUUGCUGCCAAGUGUGUUUCGCAUACAUAUAAACAUACCUCUUGUUGUGGCAGGUUAUCUUCGAGACCAAUGAGUAACAUUGAGCAUUAAAUAGUUGAGGAGAUAAAAUGAACGACCCAAUCAUCACGAACGCAG